AUGUCUUUAAACUACAUUAAGAACUUCUAUGAAGGAUGUCUGAGGCCUCCCACCGUGAUUGGACAGUUCCACACCCUGUUCUUUGGCUCUGUGCGAAUGUUCUUUCUUGGAGUGCUGGGAUUUGCAGUUUACGGAAACGAAGCGCUCCACUUUAGCUGUGAUCCAGACAGGAGAGAGUUGAACCUAUAUUGCUACAACCAGUUCAGGCCAAUAACACCUCAGGUGUUCUGGGCACUGCAGCUGGUGACGGUGCUGGUCCCGGGAGCUGUGUUCCACCUCUAUGCAGCCUGCAAGAACAUCGACCAGGAGGACAUCCUCCUGCGGCCCAUCUACACUGUCUUCUACAUCAUCUCUGUCCUGCUGCGGAUCGUCCUGGAGGUGAUAGCAUUCUGGCUGCAGAGCCACCUGUUCGGCUUCCAGGUGCACCCCAUCUACAUGUGUGACGCCAGCGCCCUGGACAGGAGGUUCCACAUCUCCAAGUGCAUGGUGCCCGAGCACUUCGAAAAGACCAUCUUUCUCAGCGCCAUGUACACCUUCACCGUCAUCACCAUAGUGCUCUGCAUAGCCGAGAUCUUCGAGAUCCUCUGCAGAAGACUGGGCUACCUGAGCUGCCAAUGA